AUGAGCAACAAGCGGCUGCGCUCGCGUGAACUCAAGCAGGGGGAUACGAAUACCGAGGCCGCAGUGGCCGCGUCGGUUUCAGCAUGGGGCUCGCGGCUGCCAUGCGUCAAAGAUGAGCCCGCGCCGAAUGACGCGCUGACUGCUCUACUGAACGCACCAUCUUCAACGACCUUUAAGACGGUGUCUCUGUAUAACCACAUGGGUGUGGGCUGUCAAGUGACUGCGCACGACGCAUUGACGCUCGCCGACAAGGAAUAUCUGGGCGACGCGGUCGUCGAUUUCCAUAACAUGUGUCCGAACGGGAAAUCAUGGGUGGUCCUUGACACCAAGGCGUAUGCGUAUGCCAAGCUUCACAAGAAGCCGAUUGGGAGGUGCACGGGCCCGUCUGUGUUCGAGUACGAUCACAUUGCCGUCCCGGUAUAUGCCGGCUGGGACUGCGGAGUGUACAUGUGCCAGUAUCUCGAAGCACUGGUGACAUCUGGGUUCAUAACCGUGAGAGAGUACAUAUCGUUCAAGGGGGUGAGCGCUGAGAGGUACCGCCACAAGAUGCGUGGGGAUCUUUGUUCUCAUGCCGAGGGAACGCUGAUUCCCGAGCUGCAGCGCCAGGGUCUCCGCAUACCUCUGCAACCUGUUCCCGUUAUCGACGACAACGGAUACAUCUGCGUCGACCCUCCCGUGGACAUCCGAAGAGAGCUGCUAGACCACAAGGAGAAGUUCGCUGUGAUUGAGCACGACAUACAAGUUAUGACGACCAAGAUCGAGUAUCUGGCCAUCCGCAAAGGCGUGACGUCGGACGAGCUGGACGCAGGGGCGCGCCAACACCUUGGUGCCGUGGUGGACACGCUGGUAGAGUCGGCGACUCCACGCAAGCCCGCUAAAGCAGACCCUACCGCGGACAGAAGUGGCCCAAUGGAAGUCGCGCACACUCCACCGACGCGUGCACUGGCGGCAGUGCCAUCAAUCUCUCCCUGUCUUGCACCUCACACACCUGCCGAGAAAGAUAGCCAAGUUACUGCCGGAGACGCGACACCUGCUGUGGUCAGGCAACAACAGCGCGACCAUCUUGCAGUGGCUUUGCGCAGCCGCGCUAAGACUCCCGUGCCCGCAGCUCCAGGUAACCCCGGAAGGGUCGCAAGCAGCGGCCAAACGGGAGUUAUGUGGAACGCAGAGAAGCAGAGGUACUACGUCCGGAUCAUAUCUGCUCGCCGUCAGCAGGUUCGUCUGGGGUCGUACGAGGACAAGGACGAGGCGUCAUACGCGUAUGUUGCGGCAGCCGUUGUACUUCGCCCGAACUCACGCAUCAGCUGCACGGUUGAGCUGUCCGACGGUGACAGGCAGGCUUUAGCAGGCUGCACAGAGGAGAUCCUAAGGCUACUCGUGAAGUACAGGCGGUGGAACAGAUGGAGGGAGUGGAGAGCCGCAAUGGCUGGCGUGGACGACGCGCAGCCGGUCGAUCGCCGUUCGCGGCGAAAGGGCAGAGUGUCCCGGGCCAUUAGUGACGUUGAGGAGGUGGAGGCGAUCACGCAGACUACAGAGGACCAGCCUAUGGCAGACGAGCGAGAGGACCGAACAGAGGACUACACGGAUGACGAUGAGUCCGUUGACGAUGAUGCUGUGUAUGAACCUGGAAACGAUACUUUCGACGAAGAUGAUGGAUGGGAGGAUGUCAACCGUGCACAGGGUGUUGCAUGA